UUAAGUAAUGAAUAAAAAGCCGAGUUAUUUCUAAAUAUUUGGAUACGAAAAAUAAUUCUCAUGAGAAGUUGCAGAGGUGUCAAAACAGGUGCCCGUCAACAUGGAUAGUCGACGGCGGAUGACACCAUGACCAUCUCGUGCGCGCGAAAGACGGAAGUUUGGAAGUUUUACGUUUUUCAGCUACGAUGCCCAAGGCAACAUCAAAAAAUUCUGUGUCUUUGGGGUCAAGAUCGGUUAAUGGACCCCGAAUUCGAAUGGAAGAGAACGCCAGACUGCAAGAAACGGAUGAAGAAAACGAUAUAAUAGACAUGGAAGACAACGUUCAGGAGGACGAAAUGUCGGGCGCGAGCGGUGGGCUUGCCCCUGGCCUGGCUGAAGCCGAACAGUCUCAGGCCGAGAGAAGAGAAAUCAGGUCCCAAUAUCGAGAUAUAAUGGAUGAUUUACAGAAAAAUAAACUGGACCUCAUAUGCCCUGAAAAUGAGAAGCUGACACACAAAUUAGAAGAGACACAAGUUCUCUUCAAAAAUAAGGUCAAGAUGACACGGGAGGCAGCGCUCGACUCCCAGGCAAUGGUGAUGAUCGCUGCCCUUGGCAAACAGAAGGCUCAGGCCUUGCAUACUGAGUUUGUAGUUUUUCAGCCAGCUGAAUUCACACUGAAAUUAAGGAGAUUUAUAUGUGGUGACAUAAUACAAAAUGACUGUGAUGCCGAGUUACCCAAGAUAACACGUCUGCAGUGGGAAGACUUCGGAAAAGCUGUCCAGCCUUUUUUUAGGAGGUCACCUCCUUUGAAAUUCUUAUAUGGUGCUAUAGAGAGAACGCCUGUAGAAAGAGUGGCAAGAGUUAGGAAUAAGAUUGUAGAUAAAGACAACGCAAAAGAAAAAACAGUGCCAAAACAGCUGAAGUCUGCAGACGAUAUCACAUCACAAGAAGCCACCACUAGGGAAGUGGAGCGCAUUUUAGCCAUACUGCAAGACCAUUACAAUUCGGAGGAAAAUGGUCAACAAGCAAUUUGUUUCUUCGAGUUUGUGACGAAUCCCAAGUCCUAUGGACAGACCGUUGAAAAUCUCUUUUACACAGCAUUUCUAGUCAAGGAUGGACAUGCAGAGGUUUCCUUAGAUGAAGAUAAAUUGCCUGUGAUAAAACCGGUUGAAAUGAGAAUGAAGGAGAGUGAUAGAAAUUCCGUAAAGCGUCACCAGGUGGUGUUGACCAUGACAAAAUAUGAGUGGAGGGAGAUCAUUGAAACUUUCAACAUUGAAGAUUCGCUUAUUCCUGACCGUCCCAGAACUGUGGAUGAAAACCAGCGCCCUGAGGAGAUGCAGCCAACCACGAGCAGGGGAAGAGGCAUGCGGGAAAAGUAACUUUGGAACGAGACAUUGUUUUUAACAAUAUUUUAUCAGAAUUAUGUAUGUUUUGAGGGGAAUCACCCAUGUUCGGGAGUUAAUUUCUAAGAAGAAAAACUGGCACAUCCGGUUUAGUUUGUACUGCGUGCAGGCAUGCUACUGGUAUAUUUUCAGUUGUUCAGUUCUUCGGACAUGCUUAUCUGUCUACACCAGUCUACAAGUACAUCUGUCUAGCACAUUACUGGUUAUUAGUAAAUUUCAUGAAUAAAAUGGCAAUCCUUUUACUUGGAAGUGAACAUAGUGUAUUCAUUUAUGUGAAACUUCAAAUUCUGCAUUAUCAAAAAAUUACCAAAAUCAGACAACGCUUGGUCAAGAAUGAGCAAUUUAAAGCCAAACACUGUUAAAUUAGACUUGCAUGCAGUGCCAAUCACUCAUGAAAUAGUGAUUACAAGUAAUAAUUUCAAUGUGUCUUGUUUAAAGUAGGAAAUUACUGUGAAUAAUCGCUGGCCAUUUGGUAUUUGAUUCAAAAUGAAUUUCAUGCAAAACAUGUAGAUCACAUUACAUUCAUCUACUCAUUCAAUCUAUCAUCCUGUUCUUCUACAUGUAAUUCAAAUUCUUUGCUCAAAAAUGCUUAUAACUUUGUAUUUUUGUAUUCGAAAUGACAAACAUUUUAAAUAAAAUGACUGUGUAA